AUGGAUAAUUCACAUAACGACAUCCUUCGUGCCUACGAAGCAGACCGUCAAUCUCGUGAAGUCUAUCGUUACUUUCAGCCCGCAAAUCCAGCCGCACUUAACACGACGUGGCCUUCAUUUGGGGAUCAUCAUUCUUCGGUGGAUUUUACCAGUGCUUCAGCUUCGGUUGCCUCCUACGAUUCAAAUUUAGAAACACCCAUUACAAUUAAUGCGACCGCUCAAAUCAGUCCGAAUACGACGUUGACUUCUUUCGCACAGCUGGCUGCUCUACGUUUGAAUGCACAACGUGCUUUCAUCACUAUAUUGAAUCAUGACUCCCAGUUCGUAUUGGCUGAAGCAACAAAAACUACCAAGAUCAGUAACUCUGAAGUUUCGGCAGAGGGGGAUGGACUUUUCGUCGGAACAUCUACACUAACAAACUCUUGGAAUAUAUGCCAUGAAACAGUUGCGAUCGGUGCAGACCCGCAGGAUAAAAACGAUCCAUUUUUCGUUGUCAACGACCUUGAAAAAGAGGACCGUUUCAAAUAUUUGCCCUUUGUGACAGGAGAGCCGCAUUCUCGUUUCUAUGCCGGAACGCCCCUGACAAGCGACAGUGGUAUUAAUCUAGGAUGUCUCUUUGUUUUGGAUUCUGAACCCCGCGAGGGGCUAUCUGUCGAUGAGAAAGAUGCAUUAACAACAGUGGCAGCGCUAGUCAUGGAUUAUCUGCAGGUCAGUCGACAAGCUACAGAAGGGCGACGCGCUUCAAGGCUUUCGCACGGUCUCCAUCUUUUCGUCGAUGGCAACUCGAGCUUCGCCGAUAAUGCCCCAAAGUCAUAUCGGUCAGGUAGCUCCGAUAGUUCACGUUCUGGGUCCCCGCCUACCUUUGGGAGCAGUCGUUCCAUGAGUCCCAUGAGUCAUCAAGACACCGAGCAAGACCCUUAUUCUACAUGGGCUGCAAUCAGUGACGCACCCCUAGGGUAUGACGAAACGCGACCUUCUAGCGCACAUUCUAACGACCGAUCGGAGAUAGGUGUUCCUGGGAGUCCCACAAGAUCAUUACCUAGCUUGCGACAGAGUGACCGCAGCUCGUCAGAAUCAUCCACGAGCAGCAAGCACUGGCUUUUUCAACGAGCCGCGAAUCUUUUGCGGCAAAGCCUGGACUUGGAUGGUGCUGGUGGUGUGAUGUUCAUGGGAACCAGUGAGGACUCGUCGGAAAAUUUCAAAGAUAGCCAACGCGGGUUUGACGAGUUCAAAAAUCGGGCACCGGUCCUUGCGCUUUCUACCAGAGAUGAUCCUCUAUCAAGCCAGAUAGUCUCUCCAGAGACAAAUCCAGCUGUUGAUCUUGACCAUGGCUUCUUGAAUCGGUUGACACGCCGUUACCCUAAGGGCAGACUUUGGUCAUUCCGCCAUGAUGGAACUCUAUCCACUUCCGACGAAGAGAUAUCCCUAGAUGGAUCACAAAAGCAGAGCAGGAGGUUUAAAACCUCCGAGACAGCAAGCUUGAAUGCCUAUUUUCCUGAUGCAUGUCAGGUAGCAUUCGUCCCACUAUGGAACGGCACGGACUCGCAAUGGUUUGCGGGAUGUUUCUGCUGGACUCCUCAUCCGACACGAGUGUUUAGUCGAGCCGUUGAUCUAAGCUCAAUUUUCGCCUUCGCUUCAUCCAUCAUGACUGAGUAUAGCCGUGUUGAAUCUGUGAUCGCGGACCGCCAAAAGGGAGAUUUCAUCAGUAGCAUUUCCCAUGAACUGCGCAGUCCCUUGCAUGGUGUUCUAGCCGCCGCUGAGUUUUUGGCAGACACCAGUUUGGAUAAUUUCCAAAGCUCCGUUCUCGAGACGAUAAACUCUUGUGGUCGUACUCUUCUGGAUACCAUGAAUCAGGUCCUAGAUUUCAGCAAAAUCAUGUCGUUGGAGAGAUCGAAGAGGAGAUUCAAAAAGGGCAAGGAUCCUUGGAAAGCAAAGCCCACUGACGACGCCCCGCGACUUGACACGCUCGUUCCAGCAGAUGUGGCCACCUUGAUCGAGGAUGUUGUCGAUAGCGUGGCUCUGGGGCACGUCCAUAUGCGAAGAUCGACACCCUCGACUGACCGUCCCGUCAUCGUUUCACAAAGAUCUGUCUCAAAUCCACAAACAGAUGACGAAGACACUGUUUCCAGCUCAGAGGUCGAGUUGGUCGUCGACAUUGCUGACAACGACUGGAUGUACCAAGUUCAGCCGGGCUCCUUGAGGCGGUUGAUUAUGAAUCUUUUAGGAAACUCUUUAAAGUACACCGAGAAGGGUCUGAUUUCCGUUAGUCUGAAAGCCACUGAAAUGUCUAAAGGCCGUCCUCGCCGCCAGGGCCUGCAGGAUAUGGUGACAUUAACCGUGUCAGAUACGGGCAAGGGUAUCUCAAGCGAAUACCUCCAGAAGCGCCUAUACACCCCAUUCGCACAAGAGAAUUCGCUAUCAGUCGGCACUGGACUCGGGUUGUCCAUUGUCCGCGGUAUUGUGAGGGCGCUCCACGGAAAGAUUAGCAUUCAAAGCAUAGUUGGAGAAGGGACUACAGUUAGGAUAUUGCUUCCUUUCGAGCGUCCUGUUGGAGGGGAAAUUCUCAGUGCAAUACCCCAAGCGAAAGACUCUGAAAAGGAACAACCCAUGCUGUCUUCCAAGCUGGACCGAAAGGAUCUCAAGGGGAAACGCGCGGCCAUUUGGGGGAUUGAUUACGCCCGUCUGGAAACGUAUCCGUUCUGGUCCUCCAUCUCUCGCUAUAUCACAGAUUGGUACGGCUUGCAGCUUGUGUCUUGUUUCGACAAGGAUAUAGAUAUUCUAUUUGCAAGCGAGAAAACCCUUUCUACAAGCAAGGUGCAAGGCUUCCCUGCGUCAUUGCCAGGCUUGCUCAUCUUUUGCAACGAGUCGAGCAGCCAAGGCGACCCCCACGUCCGGUGGUCGCAUCUUUCUGACUCCGUGGCAAUUAUUCGAGGAUCCUGCGGGCCACAAAAGCUUGCAAGAGGCAUCUUGGGUUGUCUUGGUUUGAGACAAGCAUCUACGUCAAAAUCAAAAAGACUUCAACCAGACUUCGUUGUCCCGGAACGACCUAAGCUUACAGAACCAGCCCUGAAAUUCAAGGAUGCCUUGGCAGCAAAACCGCGAGGGUUAUCAGAAGAAUAUUUCAAUCCCAUGUCAAUCCCGAAAGCAAGCAAUAAGGAGGGCAGGAAGCGUAGUGUUUCUGUGCUAAGUCCCAAGACAGCGGAUCUCUCUACCCCUUCAUCGAGUGGCACAUGGUCCCACAUCUCUUUGCCUUCGUCUGCUUCCUCCACUACCCCGGCCAUUGUUGACACACCAACAUCGCAAGAAAGACCUCGAAUCUUAGUAGUUGACGACAACUUAAUCAACCUCAAGCUAUUAGCCACCUACCUCAAAAAACGAAACGUCCCCGUCUUGGACACAGCAGAGGACGGCCAAACAGCCGUCACUCUGGUUGAGAGAAUGUCAGGUGGCUACGACAUCAUUUUCAUGGACAUGUCGAUGCCCGUAAUGGACGGAUUUGAAGCAACGCGCGCCAUCCGAGCUAUUGAACAGGGACGGGGAGGAAGCGAGCGAUCACACAUUAUCGCUUUCACUGGACUCACCAGCCCAACUCAUGAGUCCAAGGCGAUGGACGCGGGUGCCAGCAUGUUCCUUACGAAGCCUGUUUCGUUCAAGGAAGUGUCGCGCAUCCUCGGCGAAUGGGAACACGGAAUAAUUUGA